AUGAAGGUUCCGAGUAAAAGAGCUUUGGUCGCCUCUUUCUCUCGUCUUUUCCAUACGGAGAGAUACACAGACAGACAAAACCUAACAACUCUGUUCAACAGAUAUGUCGAUAGGACAGAUGUCUACUCAUGGAACUCUGUCAUCGCCGAUCUCGCUCGCAACGGCGAUUCCUCUGAAGCUCUUUGUGCUUUUGCCUCCAUGCGAAAACUCUCUCUCUACCCAACUCGUUCUAGUUUUCCUUGCACCAUCAAAGCAUGUUCGUCUCUUCUUGAUAUUUUCUCCGGCAAGCAGACCCACCAGCAAGCGUUCGUCUUCGGUUAUCAAUCUGACAUCUUUGUGUCUUCUGCUUUGAUUGUUAUGUACUCUAAUUGUGGCCACCUCGAAGAUGCACGGAAAGUGUUCGACGAAAUUCCUAACAGAAAUAUUGUCUCUUGGACUUCAAUGAUACGAGGGUAUGACCUUAACGGUAAUGCCCUUGACGCUGUUUCUCUUUUUAAGGAUCUAUUGGUCGAAGAAAAUGGUAGUGGUGCUUGUGGACAUCAUGACGAUGACGCGGCAAUGUUCCUUGAUUCUAUGGGUAUGGUUUCAGUCAUCUCUGCUUGUUCUCGUGUUGCUGCUAAGGGUUUAACAGAAUCAGUUCACGGAUUUGUGAUAAAGAAAGGUUUUGAUAGAGUAGUGAGUGUUGGUAAUACUCUCUUGGAUGCUUAUGCUAAAGGCGGAGAAGGAGGUGUAGAUGUGUCAAGAAGAAUCUUUGAUCAGAUUUUGGAUAAGGAUCGUGUUUCGUAUAAUUCGAUCAUGAGUGUGUAUGCUCAGAAUGGAAUGUCUAAUGAGGCUUUUGAUGUUUUCCGUAUACUGAUAAAGGAUAAAGUUGUGACCUUUAACUCCAUCACACUGUCUACUGCAUUGUUGGCUGUUUCGCAUUCAGGUGCACUGCGUAUUGGGAAGUGUGUUCAUGAUCAGGUGAUAAGGAUGGGUCUUGAAGAUGAUGUGAUAGUCGGGACGUCGAUAAUUGAUAUGUAUUGCAAAUGUGGAAGAGUUGAGACAGCGAGAAAAUCAUUUGAUCGAAUGAAAAACAAGAAUGUUAGGUCGUGGACUGCCAUGAUUGCUGGAUAUGGAAUGCACGGCCACGCAGCUAAAGCGUUAGAGUUAUUCCCUGCUAUGAUUGAUUCAGGGGUUAGACCAAAUUACAUUACUUUUGUAUCGGUGUUAGCUGCUUGCAGUCACGCAGGUCUUCAUGCCGAAGGCUGGCGCUGGUUUAAUGCUAUGAAAGGGAGAUUUGGCGUGGAACCUGGUUUAGAACACUACGGUUGUAUGGUAGAUCUUCUAAGUCGCGCCGGGUUUCUUCAGAAAGCUUAUGAUUUGAUACUAACAAUGAAGAUGAAGCCGGACUCUAUCAUCUGGAGUUCACUUCUUGCAGCUUGUAGAAUUCAUAAAAACGUGAAGCUCGCAGAGAUAUCCGUGGCCCGUUUGUUCGAGUUAGACCCUUCGAAUUGCGGUUAUUACAUGUUGCUUUCGCAUAUCUACGCCGAUGCAGGGCGUUGGAAAGAUGUUGAGAGGGUGAGGAUGUUAAUGAAGAGUCGUGGAUUGGUGAAACCGCCGGGUUUUAGUCUACUUGAGUUGAAUGGUGAGGUUCAUGUGUUCCUGAUCGGAGACGAAGAGCAUCCUCAGCGUGAAAAGAUUUACGGGUAUCUAGUGGAAUUGAACAUGAAGCUGUUAGAGGCAGGUUACGUGUCGAAUACAGCAUCGGUUUGUCAUGAUGUUGAUGAGGAAGAGAAAGAGAUGACACUGAGAGUUCACAGCGAGAAACUUGCGGUUGCGUUUGGGAUCAUGAACACGGUUCCUGGCUCGACGGUUAAUGUGGUUAAGAAUAUGAGAGUUUGCAGCGACUGUCACAAUGUGAUCAAAUUGAUUUCGAAGAUUGUUGAUAGAGAGUUUGUGAUUAGAGAUGCCAAACGGUUUCACCAUUUCAGAAAUGGGUUUUGUUCUUGUGGAGAUUACUGGUGA